CACUGCAGGACUGUUUUGUUGACAUUAUGGCGGAGGGGCAAGCAGGCCUCGACGCGUUCGACUCGGUAGAUAUCAUCGCCUUCAAAAAUGCCUUGACAGAUCUUCGUUCUGCACACGAGACCAUGGACGACAAUUUUAGUCGUCCCGGGGCACAGCUCGCAGACAAGCAGACAUUUACCAACAAGACAGGAGAACUGAUCACAGCGUAUCCAGUGUUGGUGGAUCUGAGGAGGUUGGUCCAGUUGUGCCCCAGCAACACAGCUGCUGCUCUGACAGGCGACGAUGGCAUCAUCCCUGGGAUCUCUAACACUGACCUGCUACACGCUGUCGUCGGAUUGUAUGAUGUAUCGCUGUCUGAGAUGACCCCAGAUGUCCUGUAUGCCACAGUGUGUGAGAAAUGGGCCAGAACCAUUGUUCUAGUCAGGGAUCUCAAAGAAACUGUGAGAUCAUUGGAAGAAAAGAAAAUUCAAAAGACGUCUGACAAGGAUGACGACAAUGAAACAGAAUCCAAGGAGACUAAGACAAAGGAGGAAAAGGAGGAUGGAGAGAAUGACGACAUAUAUGAGGAAGAGGAACAACUCACUAGCAAGUUCGCUGACGUCUACAGCGACACUGAGUCAGAGGAGGAAGACCUCGAGGAUGACGAUGAUGAAGAAGACUUUUCCAAAGGAAUAAACACAUUCAUUAAGAAGACAGUGGAAAGGAGAAAGAAGAGACAGUGUAAGCCGCGUGAAAUAAAAGAGGAACAGGUCGGGAUAGAGAACCGCAUCAUAGGCUGUGUCACAUUUGAAAAGAAAUAUGUGCGACAAAAAGAUAGAGUUGUCCACCUGACUCUACUGUCCGUCAGACGGAGACACAGGAAGUUUGGAAUCGGCAAAUACCUAUUACAGCAAGUGAUAGACCCUGCUGUGGUUGGCCAUUUCGAUGCUAUAGUGGUUCAUGCUGACAACGCGGCUGUUGAGUUCUUCCAACACUUUGGUUUCUCAGAUGAUGUCGUUCUCAACAGCAGAUGGAGUGAGCUUGCGGAACAGUUUACCAACUGUACUUUGAUGUGUUACCUGCCAGGGUUCUCAGGACAUAGUCUUCUGAGUACAGUUAAAGUGCCAGGGUUUGAAGUUUUUGAGUUAGAACAGGAAUUCAAUAAAUGGAAAGAAAAAACUGUGGAGGUUUAUCAGAAUCAAGUUUCUGUUGUAAUGAGGAUGAAACAUGAAAUCCUACAGCUCAAAGCAUUGACCCACAAGCAGAACACUUUGAUUGAAACACUGCUAAAGGACAAUGAAAAACUCAGGAAAGAGAAAUAUGCAGUUGAGAAAGAAUAUCUAGGAUACAAAUUCUCAACAGCAAAAGCAUCUUCACUCUUACUGGAAAGAUCAAAUUCAGAUGAUGGCUCCGAAAUAAGCUCAGAAGAUCUCAUUAACGAACUUCAACAACAAGUUGACUCGAUGGAUCUCACCAUAAAGAAGAAGCGCCUCGAAUCUCUGCUAGAGACUAACCCUGAAAAGAACAGCAAGCUCAUGACAUUUGAUGACAGCAAGUAUGUGUCCUUCCCGCCUUCCAACGCCCGCAAUACACCGGAACCCUAUGACCACAUGAAAGAUGCUGCAUUCUUUUAUGAUGUCACGGAACGAUUUAAAAAGUCUAUGAAGCUAGAUCCCGCAGUGAAAAGCAAUAACGAAGUCACCACAAUCUCAAAGGCUACGCUGACAGAACAGUUCAUGGAGGACUACAAGAACAAGCUGAGUACCCUGAUUGACUCCUCCAUAGUGGUUGACCUUUACUACUGUGGUACACUGGAACAUCCAGAAAGGAUCCCAGACAUUCUCACACAUGGAUUUACAGAGUCAGAUUUCAUACAUGGAGAAUACGGAAGAGGUCUUUACUUUUCAAAAUACCCUUCAAAGGCGGCUCAUUUCUCAGGGGUGAGGAAGAUCCUACUUGUUGAGGCUGGACUGGGGCACAUAGAAAGCAUCACAAAGCAAGACAGGGCGAGAAAGUCACCACAUCCUGGUCACGACUCCAUAAUCACACCCGGACGCCUGAAGCCCUCUCGGGACUGUGGGUUAGAGGAAAGCACGAUGACACAGGAGUACGUGGUGUUCGAUGCCAAACAGGUCAUGCCCCUUGGACUUAUCACGUACGACCACCAUGCUGUCAGCUGAUUGGACAGAAUACAAUAAACUGUUGUAAACACGUGUUAACAUUCCAUCUCUGUAUUGUUAUAGUAGAAUAUCAUAGACUUUCCAAAGAUCUGACGACAUUUUUAAAGUUAAAAUUAUUUUCUUGAAAUCUUAUACAAAACUAUUUUUUGUCACAAAUUUGAUCUGAAUUUAUUAAUGGUACAUUUAGUAUGAACGGGUUCACAUAUCUCAAAAAAACAAAAAACAUUUAGCUCAAAUCUUAAUAAUGACCUUAUUUACAAAGCUCUGAUUAUUUUUCAAUAAGGUAGGGAUGCAAUUGUGAGCGUGUUUUCAAUUCGAACACACACGAACACACACACACACACACACACACACACACACACACACACGUACAUAUAUGCAGUGUAUAUAUAUGUAAACACUUAUUAAUAAAUAUAUCUAAAACUGGAUAUCUCCGAUUUACAUAAAUUGCUUCAGCUAAGCUUCGUAAACUUGAAAUGUAACAUUACACAUACAAUCGACUGAAAGAUAGCUCGCAAAAUAAAUUUUGAAUGAUAUAUUUUUGUAUGAUUAUAUACAUCCUGAUUGUUUUGUUGUACAUGCCAAAAAUACGUAUGACUACCGACCUGUAUACCAUACGACAGUAAGGAAAACAUAUCAAACAGGUAGUGUAUUUAUCUUGACUCGUCAAUUCUGAGGUAAUUACAUUAAAAGUUUAAUCACAUUUGCAUUUUUCACGGUAUGUACCUCAAAACGAUUUUAAUAUUUAUUUCGUAUAAUUUGUAUUAUAAGCAACUUAAUAUGUGAAAUAUAAAGUUGUUCUGGGAUGCAAUACAUUUUAUAUACAUGUACGUGUGUAUUAUACUACUAAUCAAUCAACUUCCUUAUAUGUAUUACUUCUCCUGAUACAUCGGCACAUGUUUUUGUGUGAUUGAAUUUCUAAUCUAAAUUAUAAUUUACAACUAUAUCAUUUAAUCUCCAUUGUUACACCCGUCAUAUUUAAGUUUGUAGUUUAAAAUCUCAACUUCUUCACUUGGAAAGUUAGUUACUAAAUCUUACCAUUCCCAUACAUUUGCAGAAAUCAAUUAACAAAAUGUGAUAAAUCACAACAUAUCUAGAUUCAUGUUUACAUUAUUGUCAAGGAUGAAAUCGUCAAAGGGACAAAUCUCAAUAGUACUAUAAUAAUAGUUGCCAAAUAUAUCUUUUGUUUGACAUACAUUUUUAUUAAAAUUUAAUAUAUUGAUGUCGGAUAUUUUAAUUUCAAAUGUUAAAUCAUUUUGCCGGAAUGGAUCCCCUCCAAAGCCCCAAGAAGAUAAUAACAAGUAGGGAUUCCUAACAAGACAAUAUUAACUUUUUUUGUUGUUAAUGUGUAAAUUACAUAUAACACAGAUAAUCAUGAUAAUUGUGCAUGCCUACAUGUGAAAUAUUUGUUUAUGUUUUGUGGAUUUAGUUACAUAUUGAUCUGGUGUAAGUUUCAGUAAUAAAUCAAUGUAUAAAUUAAAUUACGAUCAAGGAAUAAUUGUGACGUUGUUUUGGAUAGCAACGAGGCGUGGCCAACAUGCGAUGGGCGGGGCUUAACACGAUGAAACCAUGUCUCUGUCGCAGAUUAGAACAUGGUCCUUAUCCAAUCAGAGCACUCGUUGCAAAUGAAUCGUAGAAGAACAAGAACGAUCAAACAUAUUUAGUAUAAGGUGUAUUAAUUCAAACAUACAUUGGAACUCUCACAGAGAUGCCAAAAAGCCCUAUGCUUUCAAUCACAACACAUACUGUAACGUUUUCACUUGAAAUACUUUUCCAUUUCAUAUUGUUCACGUUUUCAAUGUUGUGCCCGAUAAUGUCGGUAUAUUUUUUAUAUGAUUUGUUUUCUAUAUUAGUAAGUGUUAUGCAUUGUAUAGAUGAUUUUUUUUAUAGAAAUCAACAGAACAAUAAUUAUCAAUAAAGGGAACAAAUAUGUUUUUCUUUCAUUAUAUCUUACUGCUAUCUAUAAGCAUGUGUCAAUAUUUGAUGGAGAUAACAAGAGAUUCAAACAAGCUCAUUGUCUAGUUUAAAACAAAAUACCGAGUGAUGAAAUUAUUAAUGCAAUUGUAACGUCACGAAGUGGUAUGACGUCAAAUGACAUUAUUUUGAUUCUCUAUGUGAAGAAUUAAACCACGAGCUGGUAGUCUGUAACACGUAGCAGUUAUGGGAUACAGAUAUAUCAGCCAUGUCGGAGUGUAAAAAAAAUCAAAUCGCAACAUCUUUAACGGUAACCGUUAUUAACUUGUGCUCGUAUUCAAAUCAACCUAUUGUGUCCUAUUUUGUGAAAGAAGAUAGUAAUUUUAUAUAUCUAUAUAAAGCAAAACAUAUGGAAACUUUCUAUAUUUAAAGUUUAUGAAAUUUCAACCAUUUUCCCUCCAACAUUUGAAACAAAACAAUUACAAAAAUAUUCAUAUUGUACACAGACGUAUUUGUUCCACUGGUAUUACCAUUUUGUGUUUACCUUCAUUUGGUCAUUGCUAUAUUGUGGUAUUUCCGAAUGUUUAUGCUAUCUAGCCAUACCUCUGCGUGGCGUCUCCGGGUAUUGGUAUCUGUAUGUUUUUUGUUAACAUUCCAAACAUAACGUACCUCGCCCACGUAUUGGUCAUGUUUGUAUGGUCUGUGUAAACAUUCCUUGCCGUGUUUUUAGAAUAUUUGUUUUCUUGUCAAUGUUUGGUAUAAUACAUAACACUCUGUGUCUUUUCGCAUGGGACAAUCUAUUUUCCUACACAGUUGAUAUUUUGAGGCAUAAAAAUCUUUUUUUUUUUGUACUGUUUCAAAAUAAUUGACCAUUUGUAAGCUUUUUACUUUUCGUUAAUUUUCUAUUAAUAGUUAUUUUUUGGUGAUUUUAAAAGCGAAUCUCUUCGUUUGCUAUAUGCUAAAACAAAAUUGAACAUAUAUUCAUAGUCUGUAAUGUGAUUUUAUUCUUGUUAUAAUGUCGCAUUUCCUGUUUGUUUCUGCAGCAUCGUGUUAUUUGUAUCAUUUGAGGAGUGAUUUUGUAAUUUAGAGAAAAGUGUGUUAUUAAAAAAUGUUGAAAAAGGA